CUUGAAUAGCCAUUUGAGCAAGUUGCAGUUGAUGGGACGGCGUGGAGUGCAGCAAUUAACGGCUGAGCAGUGGCGGGAGGCGUUGGAGCAGCAGAUACGAGAGAAGGAACAGCAGAAGGAGCAGCAGCAGCAACGUGGCGAUGAAGUAGAAGGGCCGCAGAGACGGUCGCACAGUGCCCCAAAGCAGCAAGAAGAGAGCGGUGGGCUGAUUCCGAUCGUCCCCGAACUCGAGCGCGCUAUUACGACGUCAAACUGUAUUGGGCAGAUGGAAGGGUGUAUUGUUGCAGACAGAAGGAGGUGCUUCCAGCCGCAGUCGAGAGAGGACUAUCUCAAAGCGCUUCAGGAACAGAUUGAGGAGAAGAAGCGAUUGGCUCAUGAGACUCAGCACAAAGGGAAUACUCAACAACGUCGUACGUCGAGGAGUGAAGACGGCGAUAGUUCUGUAUUUGCCCGAAAAGACAAUUGCAGAGAUGAAGACGAGCAACCGCGUAGCAAGAAUAUACAAGUAGAGGUUCGAGAAAGCGUAAUUUCGGAUGUAGUAUUUCAAGACAGAGCGCGUGAUGUCAAACCAAGUGCAACACCCAAUCAACAGUUAGAUGAGUCCUGGCAAGCUCCAGUCCUGAAAGCCGAGAUUGCAGCAGACCCGGUGGCGAUCACGAAGCUCGUGGAUUUCUGUGAGGAGCUCAAGAAGCAGAAUGAAGAUGUGAAGAGGCAACUAUCGGAGCAGCAUGCCGUGCUCGCCAGUCUACAUUCGACGCUUUCUAUAGAGGCUGAUGGAAAGGCUUCUGCUGGUUCUCGGCGGCGGGAUUCUAUGAAAGAAAGAUCAGAUAAUGCACUCACGGCGUCUAGAAUCAAGAAAUCCCAGUUAAAAGGCCCCGAUACCAAGCCUGCAGUAGCUUUGCCAGUAGCUCCGCGACCACGACCGGAGCGAGGCAAAACCAAAAUCCCUCUUCCACGUCAAAGAUUCACUUCAUCUCUACGAUCCGUGGGCGCUGAUAUUGUAAAGCGACUUGCCUCGAAAGAAGAAACACAAUCACAAAAAGCUGAAGCGAUGUUGGAUCCCUUUGCUUCUGCUGUUGAGGUCUUCGAUGAGAAGAAGACACUUCCAGUUACAUCACAGAGCAAGAGCGUUUUCAAAGAAGAGCACUCCGACGAAACUAAGACUAGAGACUGCAUCCAAAGUCAAGAUGCGGAUAUUGCUGAACCAAAAAAUGAGGAAGGGGGCGAGACGAGCAGCUCUAAGAAAGCUUGUGAAGUUAUCGACAUUAGUGAUAGUCAAGUAACACAGACGGGAUGCAUUGAGGAGGAAUGCCCCAUGGACGCAGAAAGCAAGUUAGUGCACGACUGGGAGAGUAUAUCUACGAGCGAUCAGUUGCUGGACUGCACAUCGGUAUCCAUUCUGGAUGGUCUUAGCUCCUUGAUUCCGAUUGAUCAGUCUGUAUCUCGCUUAUUCUAACAGUAAAUGGUUCAUAUACCUUCGUUUUCAUACCUUCGCAA